UUAAUUGAAGCUAGCCGAAAGAAUUUGAGCAAGCAGGUCCUGCUUCUUUUUCUUGUUUUUGUUUUUCCUUAUUAUAUGUUCACCUCUUACUUUCACUCUUUGCAUAGACUAGCUCCAGAGUGGCUGAGUUUAGCUAAUAUUUGUUGCUUUUGCGUAUCAAAGAUGACAUCUGGAUUAAGUUAUAGCCCUUUGAGAUGUAGCCUUGGUUUGCCUGCAAGAGGUCUUGGGUCACACAAGAAGCAAGUUAUGUUCUUUCGUAAUCUUGGUGUGUCUGUCGAUCGACUCUGUCCGCAAAGAAAUGGUUUGGUUUCAACAACAUGGAGACAUAAGCAAACCACUCCUUGCGUGAAAUGUGCAAUGGAUUCAACAUUUGGCGAUGCUGCUAAUGAUUCGACUGCUAUAUUUCCUAGAAUCCAUAUUCGAGACCCUUACAAGCGGCUAGGAAUCAGCCGAGAAGCCUCUGAAGAAGAGAUCCAAUCUGCAAGGAAUUUCUUGAUACAAACUUACGGGGCCCACAAGCCAAGCGUGGAUGCAAUCGAGUCGGCACACGAUAAAAUCAUAAUGCAGAAGUUUCACGAGAGGAAGAACCCUAAGAUCAACGUCAAGAAAAAGGUUCGAGAGGUAACACAGCACAAAUAUGUCCAGGCUGUCGCCAGCAGGUUUCGAACCCCGGCCACUAAUGUGAUCGUGAAGACUUCAAUUGCUUUCAUAGCACUCGGGGCCCUCACUGUUCUCUUCCCGACUGAAGAUGGACCUACUCUUCAAGUUGCUGUCUCUUUGUUGGUUACUAUGUAUUUUAUUUAUGAUCGGCUGAAGAGCAAGUUAUGGGCAUUUCUCUAUGGGGCUGGAAGUUUUGCUUUUUCAUGGCUUCUGGGGACUUUUUUGAUGGUUUCUGUGGUGCCGCCUAUACUCAAAGGGCCAAGAAGCUUGGAAGUGACUACUUCAUUGAUAAGCUACAUUAUCCUAUGGGUUUCUUCUACUUAUCUUCGGUAAUCAGUUUUCGUACAUGUGUCCGAUUUUGUCAGAUUUACAUUAGUUUUUUUCUGUUUUGAAGCAAUGAGAAAGUUUUUGACUGCUUUAUGUGGUGCCUCCAGUUGCUGUGUUUACUGUUAAGGAAUGAGAUGCAGAUUAUUAAAUAGAGUGUUCGUUUAGGUUUACUGAAAUUUCGGUGAUCCAUGGAUAGUUUUGUCUUCACGACAGGCUAAAAAGCCCGGAACUUAUUGAGUUUACCUUUCUUUUUGAAAAUUUAAUUCUGCAGUCAUCGAUUGUUUGUUAUUUUUGUACUUUCAGAACAGGUUUUU